ACCCGCACCCUCGCGAGAGCCCUUGAUUGGCUGUCGGCUUGCAAUCUCGCGAACUCGCGGGAAGUGGCUGAGGGGGCGGCCGCCGGUGCGUCUGCCCUCCCGUUCCCCGCCUCCGCCGCGGCCCCCGCCUCUGACUCCCCAUCCCUGGCGCCGCCGCAGCCCCCUCCCCGCCCGGGCCGGCACCCCGAGCGGCCGCGGAGACCGCGCAGCGCGGCAGGCGGGAUCCUCACGAAAUAAAUCAGAAUGAGUUAUACAGAAAAACCCGAUGAAAUCACAAAGGAUGAGUGGAUGGAAAAGCUCAAUAACUUACAUGUCCAGCGAGCAGACAUGAACCGUCUCAUCAUGAACUACUUGGUCACAGAGGGCUUUAAGGAAGCAGCAGAGAAGUUUCGGAUGGAAUCUGGGAUCGAACCUAGUGUUGAUCUAGAAACGCUCGACGAGCGAAUCAAAAUCCGGGAGAUGAUACUGGAAGGCCAGAUUCCCGAGGCCAUCGCACUGGUCAACAGCCUCCACCCGGAGCUUCUGGACACAAACCGCUAUCUUUACUUCCACCUACAACAACAGCACCUGAUCGAGCUGAUCCGCCAGCGGGAGACGGAGGCGGCGCUGGAGUUCGCGCAGACCCAGCUGGCCGAGCAGGGCGAGGAGAGCCGGGAGUGCCUGACCGAGAUGGAGCGUACGCUGGCCCUGCUGGCCUUCGACAACCCCGAGGACUCGCCCUUCGGAGACCUGCUCAACAUGAUGCAGAGGCAGAAGGUGUGGAGUGAAGUGAACCAAGCUGUCCUGGAUUAUGAAAAUCGUGAGUCAACACCCAAGCUGGCCAAGUUACUGAAGCUACUCCUUUGGGCUCAGAAUGAGCUGGACCAGAAGAAAGUCAAAUAUCCCAAAAUGACAGACCUCAGCAAAGGCGCGAUCGAGGAGCCCAAGUAGAGUCUGGGCAGGGGCCCCAUUUCACCGCCGGGGCUGGCAGAGCUCCAUCUGGGACUGAAGAUUUUUACGGCAGCAGAGAACUCUUUCCUCCCCCCUUUUACUUUUUUUUUUGACCCAGAAUCUUUUCGAAAGGGAAAUGUAGCCCUUUUAAGUGCUGGAGAACGCGCAGUGAAAGACACCAUCUCUUCCAGAAGGCUGGCGAGGACCACACCGUGGCCUGACCUCAGUGCUCUGGGAGUCUCGUCCCCCACGGCGCCGCAUCUUAGGGACGCUGGCCCACCCCGAGGCCCCCGCUCGGAGCCUCUGGGCAGCACCGGCGGCCGUCUUGCUCUCUGUCUGUGUCUAGGCAGGCGGCGCAUCCUCAUCCUCCCACGGCUUGGCCGGCCUUCGCGUAGAAGUAUUUCUUUCCCCCCUUGGUUUUUGGUUUGUUUUCGUUUUUUCAUAGGAAAGACUAUAUAAAUUUGUAAAUCCCAAUUCAAAGACUUCUUCUGUGUGCGGGUCCUGAGUUUGAUUUUUUUCCCUUUUGGUCUGGGUCGUGUGGCUUUGGGGGAGAUAAGUGUGUGCGUGCGUGCGUGUGUAUAGAGGGCGGGCUGUGUGUUUUUUAAAUUUUUAAAUAUAUAUUUUGGUGCUGUACGUGGUGAGAGACUUUCCUAGUGAAUCAGUGAACCAUCUCUCCUGCGCAGUUA